UGUGCGUUCACUUUACGCGAACGCGAACGCGAGUAAUUGAAAUUUCAAUCCGCCAACGAACGGUUCGUGCGCGCUGCUCCGCUGCGAGUUUCUUGUACCUCCGUGCCUCCGCAAAGCAAAACAAAAAAAUAAAGCCUGGUCAAAAUCUGCGAGCCAUUUUUCGCGUAAAACCCUUUCUGAAAGGAGCAAGAGGAAGAAGAAGAAGCUAAGGAGGAGUUCUUCGGAGAGAACGUUGAGAUUUGAAUUGUUCGCCCCUCAAAGAAAUAACAAGUUGCCACUAAAAAUAAUAGCCAAUCAAACGAAGGAUUAAAUAAAGCCAAAAAUCGAAAGAAGAUUCGAUCUUCAAACACACUAACACAUACACACACCACAAACCCCCACACACACAAAAUGUUCACCGAAAAGGGAAUUUUUCCCAUUGGCGACGGACUUUUGGAUGUGGACGCCGAUCGGCUGAAGGGACUCCUCGUCUCGUGUCCCGACAUCAACGAGAUCUACGAGGUGGAACAGACGCCGUUUGCCAGGGGCAAAUUCGCCGCCGUUCGCCGCGCCAUUCACAAGAACACGGGCUCGCACUUUGCGGCAAAGUUCCUGAAGCGGAGGCGCCGGGCGCAGAGCAGCGACAAGGAGAUCAAGCACGAGAUCGCGGUGCUGAUGCUCUGCGAGGGCGAGGACAACAUCGUCAACCUCAAUGCCGUCCACGAGACGCGCUCGGACACAGCACUCCUGCUGGAGCUGGCCACUGGUGGUGAGCUGCAGACGAUCCUGGACAACGAGGAGUGCCUGACGGAGGCGCAGGCCCGCCACUGCAUGCGCGAGGUGCUCAAGGCCCUGAAGUUCCUGCACGAUCGCUCCAUUGCCCAUUUGGACCUCAAGCCGCAGAACAUCCUGCUCGCCGGCGAGCGCAUAGAAGAUGGAUUGAAGCUGUGCGACUUUGGGAUCUCGCGGGUGGUGUGCGAGGGCAUCAAUGUGCGGGAAAUGGCCGGAACACCGGACUACGUGGCCCCCGAGGUGCUGCAAUACGAGCCGCUGUCCCUGCUGACGGACAUCUGGUCGGUGGGCGUGCUCACCUACGUGCUGCUAUCCGGAUUCUCGCCCUUCGGCGGCGACACCAAGCAGGAGACCUUCCUUAACAUCUCGCAGUGCGCCCUUACCUUUCCGGACAACCUCUUUGGCGGCGUCUCGCCGGUGGCCAUCGACUUUAUCCGUCGCGCAUUGCGAAUUAAGCCAAACGAUCGCAUGAGUGCCACUGGCUGCUUGGAGCACAUUUGGUUAAAGGACGACUGCUCCCUGGACAGACAGAUUUAUCUGCAGCCCCAGAGCGAUGCCGAAGAGGAGGAAGAGGAGGAUGACGACGACGAUGUGGAGGACGAGGAAGAGGAGGAGCAGGUGGAGGUGGAGGAGGCACAGAGCGUGGAGAAGCCGGCGACAGAAUCACCACAACAGCAGCAACAACCUGUCCAGCAGCAUCAGCUUGCCAAAUCCGGCCAAAUGCACAGCAAGCCGACGCACAAUGGCCACCAUCGGGCGAACAGCAGCGGCAGCAUCUCCAAGAUACCAAUUGCAACCAGCAAGCUGCAGAGCAGUCCCAGCUCCGAGACCACCACAGCCAUCCACACGCUGACCAGCAACAGCAAUGGUCACGUUCACAAGCCCACCCAAAUUGUGACGCCAACGCGAAGAGCCUCGGAUUCAGACAAGGAGAACACGUAUACGGCCACGUUUGUAAAGAAGCCAGUUGCCACCAUCCAGCUGGGCAGUUCCAAUGGCAUCGAGGACGCCACAGUGGUGGCCACACUCACACUGUUUCCCGACGCACCCACCACACCAAAGGUGAUUCGCAAGACGCCGACGGGUGAGUCAAAUGGCUCGGCCACGUCCGUCAAGGCUCUGGUGAAGAAAUUUCAGCUGGAGGACUCAAGCGGUUCGUCAGUAGCACGGCGCAGUGGAGGAUCGGUGACCAGCAGCAGUGGUCUGCAUUCGCCAACGACGACAUCGGUCAGAAUGAACAGCAUUCGCCGGGCCUCGGAGCCGCUGACCACGGUCUACAAGAAGCAGACGCCACAGAAUGGAUGCAGCAGCACUUCGAAUCCGAGCCCAAGUCCCGGCAGCAGUCCCACUACAUCCGGCAGCACCGCCACUCUGCUGAUCCACAGCCAGCGAUUGGGCAGCAGCACAGCGCCCGCGAGCCACUGCGUCGUUGCUCCAGCAACAGCCACAGCCACCUCCUCCGCCAGCAGCAGCAGCAGCUCAGGAAAGUCAGCAAGUGCCGCCCACCAUCUGCACCACCAUCACAUGCACCACCAUCACCAUCACCACCAUCAUCAUGUGGUGAUUGCGGCAAAGAAUGCCGCUGCCGUGGCCGCCACCAACAACUUGAGCCUGGAUCAGGGUAUCAUCUGUUAGCUAAGGGCCAGCCGGGCCAGCCGCAAUGCCAAAAGUUUCUUUCAUCGCUUUCUGUGCUGCAUGUAACCACCAGCUGCCAUGGCUACCACCACGACCACUAACACGACGCAUCACCCUCCUCCCCCGACCACCGCCCACUGGCAG